AUGAAGGUUUCCAAGCUUGUCAAGGUGACCUUGGGGGUUGCAUGCUCAUUGCUGCCCCUUGGUGUUGUUGCAACGCCCUCCAAGCCCAAUGCUUUCCCAUCUCUUCUCGAUGCCACUCUAGAUGAGCUUCGCCAUGGCCUUGACUCUGGCCACUUUACGAGCGUCGACCUGACAAAAGCGUACAUCGCUCGAAUUAAAGAAGUCUCACAAGAUUUACGACCCGUUAAUGAAAUAAACCCCGAUGCAUUGACCAUUGCGGCGGCCAUGGACGCCGCGAGAAAAGAUAAAUCUCGUAACCUUGGACCGUUGCAUGGCAUCCCCGUUCUCAUCAAGGAUAACAUUGCUACGUUGGAUAAAAUGAACAACACGGCCGGCUCGUAUGCUCUGCUUGGCGCGACACCAAAGGAAGAUAGCACCAUGGUCGCGAAGCUCAGAAAGGCGGGCGUGAUUAUCCUGGGAAAAGCAAACUUGUCGCAGUGGGCAAAUUACCGAAGCUAUAACACGAGCAAUGGGUGGACUUCAUAUGGCGGCCAGACAAAGGGUGCUUAUUUCCGUGACCAAGAUCCGUCGGGGUCUUCCUCUGGAAGUGGUGUCUCUUCGUCCAUCGGGUUGGCGUGGGCGGCAUUGGGAACGGAAACAGAUGGCUCUAUUAUUUCGCCUUCGAAUGUUAACAACCUCGUGGGUAUUAAGCCCUCUGUUGGCCUGACUUCACGGUACUUAGUUGUUCCCAUCUCUGAGCACCAAGACACGAUUGGACCGAUGGCCAGGACCGUUAAAGACGCGGCAUACCUCCUCGCUGCGAUUGCUGGUGCCGACAAGAAGGACAACUACACGUCAGCUAUCCCGUUCAACGGCAGACUACCCGAUUACGUUGGUGCUUGCAAAAAGGACGGCCUGAAGGGCAAGAGGCUUGGCGUGCCGCGCAACUGGUUGCCGCCGCGGAAAGAGAGUUCCCCUGUUAUGAAGGCAUUUGAGGCAACGUUGAAGCUGCUCCGCUCCGAGGGAGCCACCAUCAUAGACGACAUCAACACCCCUGGUCAGGACAUGAUAGGACCGUCUAUGGAGCUCGUCUUGGGCGUUGACAUGCUCACGGAUGUUGCUACACACUACUUCAACCAUCUCAAGUCCAACCCUCACAAUAUCACCACGCUGCAGCAGCUUCAGGAGUUUACGCAAAAGUUCCCCAAGGAGGAAUGGCCCAGAAGGGACACACAGCUGUGGCAAAAUGCCAUUGACUUGGGUUUUGAUAACACUUCUCCUCAGUUCUGGGGCAACUACACCGAGCAGCUAUACUAUGCGGGACCGCUCGGUAUCCUCGGCGCCCUGAAGAACAACUCGUUGGACGCUAUCGUUGUUCCUAGCGAUUACGUGUCUUCGCUGCCAGCUAUUGUUGGCAGUCCCAUUAUCACCGUGCCACUGGGCAAACAGCCAGCUGACACGCCCCUGACGAGAAAUGGGUUUGGAAAUCUGUAUGCUACUGCGCCGAAUUUGCCGUUUGGUCUUGCUUUUGCCGGUGCUCGAUUCAGUGAGGAGAAAUUGAUUGAGAUUGCCUAUGCGUUUGAGCAAAAGACCAAGGUUCGUGGCACAGUCAGGCCACUUGUGAAGCCAAGGACUGAGUUGCGGGAUGUGGUUAAGAGGACGGCAUGA